AUGGAAAACACUGCUCCGGAUGUGCUAGAUGCAGGUGCUGCGGAGCUUCCGGUUGAAAGGUUAAAACCUGAAUUGGCGGAUGUACCAAAUGAGAAGGAGGACGAAGAUGAAGCCGUUUGUGGAGGAGCAGAAGGAGUGGUGGAGCUGGUGGUCGAACUUGCAGUGCUUUUCAAGAAAGAGAACCCGGUAGAAGCGGAGAAUGGAGAAGCUGAGGCAUUCGAGGUAUUGGAUGUAGAUGAGGAAUUGAAGGUGGAUACUCCAAACGGGGAUGGUGAAGAAGUUGUUGCGCCUGACGAGGAAGAUGCAAAGAGAGACGGAGUUGAACCGGCUGAAGAAGACGAACCAAAGAACGGUGAAGAACCGGUAGCUCCAAAGAUUGACGGUGAGGAGCCAGAGGCUGAUGAGGCAACACUGAAGGAAGGUGACGAGCCGGUAGCUCCAAAGAUGGAUGAUGAGGAGCCAGGUGCUGAUGAGGCCACGCUAAAGGACGGUGUUGCGCCGGUGGCUGAUGAUGGCGCGCCGAAAAGAGGAGAUGUUGAAGUAGCGGCGGAUGAGGAUGCUCCGAAGAGAGAAGAAUUAGAGGCGGAGGCAGAUGAAGGAGCAGAGAAUAAGGAAGGGGAAGAUCCAAAGAGAGGUGUUGAACCACUGGCUGGAGCAGCUCCGAAUGGAGAUGACGAUGGAGUUGCGGCGGAAGAAGCGGGAGCUCCAAAUAGAGAUGACGAUGGAGUUGCGGUGGAAGAGGCCGAGGAAGUUACAAAUCCGAAAGGAGAAGAACCAGGAGCAGCUGAAGAAGCAUUGGUGGUAGAUGAACCAAACAGCGACGGAGCAGGAGCAGAUGAAGAAGCGGCGGUUCCAAAUCCAAACGAUGGAGUUGUGGAAGCAGGAGUCACGGAGGCAGAAGAUCCGAAUCCGAACGAUGGAGUCGAUGAAGAAGCAGAAGAACCGAAUCCGAAGGAAGGAGUAGAGGAAGCUCCGAAUCCAAACGAUGGAGUAGUGGAGGAAGCAGGAGUUGAUGAUACGGAGGAUCCGAAACCGAAUCCGGUGGAGCUAGGGUUUGAAGAUUGGUUAAAGGAGAAAGAUAACGGAGAAGUGCGUAUGGUCAACGCAACCGGCUUAUGGUCAAACGGGAGGGAACAAACAGAUAGGAAAAAUGUAACUAUUCUCGGCCCAGCCCAAUAA